AUGCUGUCGAAACGGGUUAUCGCUGUAGCACGCAGUCGUGCUUUUCUCGCAAGCAGAAAUGUCCAAUACCGUGACACUGCUGUAUCAUUGAAAGUCGUUGACUCGCAUAUGAGACGCGCACAGUUCCAUUCAUCACAUCUCCUCCAAGUUGAGACCGUAAAAGUGCCGCAGAUGGCAGAGUCCAUCUCCGAAGGUACUCUUCGGUCUUGGUCAAAACAGGUUGGGGAUAGCGUCGAGGCUGAUGAGGAAGUCGCGACCAUUGAGACGGACAAAAUCGAUGUUUCUGUGAACGCGCCUAAGUCAGGGAAGAUCGUGGAACUACUUGCGAAGGAGGAUGACACUGUCAACGUCGGCCAGGACCUCUUCAGAAUUGAACCCGGUGAAGGUGGUGCAUCUCCCACCCCUCAAGAACAGAAGAAGGUAGACCCUGAAGAACCUAAGGACCAACAACUGGACAAGGCAAAGCCAGAGCCUCCCGCACCUUCGGGUGCCGACAAGCAGGGUGGCGGUAUUCCUCCCGAGGGACCUAAAGAGUCCAAGAAGGAAGUGAAGCAGGAUUCAAAACCAAAGGAGGCAGCCGCACCAGGCAACCGGGGUGAGACGAGGGUCAAGAUGAACCGUAUGCGUCUGCGCAUUGCCGAGCGUCUGAAGGAGUCUCAAAAUGCUGCCGCUUCACUCACGACCUUCAAUGAGAUUGACAUGUCGUCUCUCAUGGAGAUGCGAAAGAAGUACAAAGAUGAGGUGCUCAAGCAACAUGAUGUCAAGCUGGGCUUCAUGAGUGCGUUCGCUCGUGCAUGCGCGCUGGCACUGAAGGAGAUUCCUGCUGCAAACGCGUCCAUCGAGGGUGACGAGAUUAUCUACCAUGAUUACGUCGAUCUCAGUGUUGCUGUCGCGACUCCGAAGGGUUUGGUCACUCCCGUAGUGAGGAAUGCUGAGGGCAUGGGCUUUGUUGAUAUCGAGAAGGAGAUUGCUGCUCUUGGCACCAAGGCCAGGGACGGUAAGUUGACUCUCGAGGACAUGGCAGGAGGUACCUUCACCAUUUCCAAUGGGGGUGUCUUCGGCUCAUUGUACGGAACGCCCAUUAUCAACUUGCCACAGUCCGCUGUGCUAGGCAUGCACGCUAUCAAGGACAAACCUGUCGUAGUCAACGGCCAGAUUGUCAUCAGACCCAUCAUGGUGGUCGCUCUCACCUACGACCACAGACUACUCGAUGGUCGGGAGGCAGUUACAUUCCUGGUCAAGGUUCGCGACUACAUCGAGGACCCUCGCAAAAUGCUUCUUGCAUUGAACUGA